AUGCAGGGACGUAAAGUAAAACAUCUUUUAAGUAUACAAAGGCCAUUUGCACUGAACAUAACUAAAGCCUACCGCACAACAUCAUCCAAUGCCAUAAAUAUCUUGGCAGGCUUAUUAUCACUUCAUAUUAGCACAGAAUUAGAAGCUACUAUGCAACAAGUUAAACUUCUAAGAAAACCAGCCAUUUUUAAUCAACAACAAUUUUCACCUCUAUCUUAUGAAGAAAAACCAAACUAUCUUGAAAUUCAUCCAUCUAAAAAAGGACAAUAUAUCAAAGUUGUAAUCAAUAACAAGCAUGCACUCUCAUAUACUGAUUUCGAAAUCUAUACAGACGGAUCUAAAAUAGAGGAUAAUGUUGGUUCUGCUUUUGCAAUAUUUUCCAACGAAUCUUUAAUUCACCAAUGGAAGAGACAACUUCAUAAAAACAAUAUCGUAUUUCAAGCCGAAGCAACAGCAAUAAAAUAUGCAAUUAAUUAUAUUCAGGAACAUCAUUUAUAUAAUACUAUUAUACAAUCUGACAGCCUCUCCACACUUUAUGCACUCAAAGAUCCUAAACCUACCUCUCCAAUUAUUGCAGCAAUACAAAAUGAUUUACAAAAUAAUGCUUCACUUAACACAACCCUUACAUGGAUAAAAGGUCAUUCUGGUAUACAUGGAAACGAAACUGCAGAUCAAUUAGCUAAAGAGGCUGCAAAGAUCGAAAUGCAAUUACUGUAG